AUGUUUGAUUAUUCCAUACUAUUAAAACCAAAAGCAAGACGUCAUCCUACAUCACAAGCACUACUCGAUACAUUUUUGUCUACAAAAGAUAAUUUUACUGCUAUCGAUAAUUCCUCCUAUUAUGGAAAACAAUACGACAAAUAUUUGUAUUUUUCAACGAAUGAGCGUUUAAGAUUGCUUGAUGAAUCGACGAAAAUGUUUCAAUUUGCUUACGAUAAUUACAUGAAAUAUGCAUUCCCAUUAGAUGAACUAGAUCCGAUUCAUUGUUGUGGACGAGGUCCCGAUGUCGAGAAACCUGACAAUAUAAAUAUUAACGAUGUGUUGGGAAAUUAUUCGCUGGGACUAGUGGAUAGUUUAGACACAUUAGCGGUGAUGGGCAACACAACUGAAUUUCAGCAUGCCGUCAAGCUUGUUAUUGAACACGUGCGAUUCAACAGAAAUAUCACGAUACAAGUAUUUGAAGCCACUAUAAGAGUGCUUGGUGCUUUGUUAUCUGCUCAUUUACUGAUAAUUGAUCCCUUACAACCAUUUGGAAAUCUUGCUCCAUCAAACUAUAACAAUGAAUUACUCGAUUUAGCACAUGAUUUAGCGUCAAGAUUACUACCGGCAUUUGAAAAUGCACCUCAUGAUCUACCAUAUCCUCGGGUGAAUCUAUUAACUGGCGUUGUAUCAGGUAUGAGAAACGAUACAUCGACUGCCGGAGCAGGAAGUCUAUCGUUAGAAUUCACAAUAUUAAGUCGAUUAAUUGGUGAUCCCAUAUUUGAACGUGUCGCACGGCGGGCGGUUAAUUCUCUAUGGACAAAACGCAAUCAAAUUACUGGUCUAUUAGGAAAUGUCAUUGAUGUCGAAACUGGUGAAUGGUUAAGUCAGAGUUCUGGUCUCGGCGCUGGGAUAGAUUCAUUUUUUGAGUAUUUAUUAAAAAAUUAUAUAUUGUUCGGUGAAAGAGAAGAUUUAAAUAUGUUCGAUGAAGCGUAUGAGGCCAUCUACGUCCAUAUGAGAAAAGGGUAA